AUGGUGCUUGCAGCCUUCCUCAUUGAUGCGGAAGCUGCAGCACUUGCAGCCGUUGCAGCCUGCAAGCCAGUCGCAGAAGGACUCAGUUUCGUGCCCGGCGAUCACUGGUGCGCGGGCCGUGGUUUGGCAGCUGGCCUCGAGCUGCCACUGGCAAGGGCUCUGAGGUUUGCCGCUGGGAUUUUUGCCACUGCAGCCGGGAGUGCAAGCGCCCUUGCCCUCGAGUCCGUGAAGCUCUUGCCAGUCACACAAGCCCUGGAAGCCUGCGGAUGCACUGUGCUGUCGUCACUGCCGGACCAGCUGGAGGCCGAGGUCGCAGCUGCUAUCCACGGACGAGCGGUUGGCGUUCUCUCGGGAGCUGCUCUGCUGGACUACCUGCAGCAACUGGCCGGCCGCACGCCGCGGGAGGUCUUUGCGGCUGCCUGGCUUGGCUACGAUGGAGGGAGGGCUUGCACAUCAACGCAGCUUCACAGCUGCAGUGACUGGUCGCAUCUCAAUGAGCUGCUGGGCCUGCGGCUGCUUUCGCCUGAUGCACUGCUGGCAGUUACCGUGGCCUAUGUCUCAACAGCUGAAGUCUGGCUGGGCAGUGCUGUCGAUUGGACCUUAGCUGGUCUGAGACAUGCUUGUUCACGGCACGGAUAUCACAUCGCUGCUGCUUCCGUCAUGAAGUUCACGGCGAACAACUCCCGCCUCGCUGUCUUUCUGCGUUUGGGGCCGGGGCCGAUGAAGUUGGAGGCAGGUUUGCUGCCACCAGCUUUGCUGAACCAACCUGGUUCUGAGGAGGCUGCAGGGGCUUCCAUGGAAUUCUACAGCAGCUGGGAUGAGGCUCGGGUGAAGGUUCCCUCACCAGAAGGACGGCGGCUGCGGCAGCUCCUGCCGGCACUCCGCCGGCUUUUGGCAGGCGGUGCCGACGAAACCAGCGACGUCAUACUGAUCCAUGAGCCCGGCUUUGUCACUUUGCUCCCAGAGCUUGCAGCUUUGGAUGCUCGUCUCAUUUGUUGUGUAUGUGAUGAUCCCGUCGUGCUGAACGACCUUGAGCGACGACAGCACGAGGCCGUGGAGUGCUCUGCUGCAACAGACGAAAUGUUACAAGGAACGAGUGUACUGGCCCUGCUAGAGGACUGCGGCCCCAUCGCUUGGCGCAAGCGCUGGCAGGACCUGGCAGUCCGGUGGCUCCGCAUGCACGCCGGGGAUGGCGAGAAAAGGCUCGUUCUCCUACUCGAGGCGUCCCAGCUCCAACUCGCCGUCGAGCUGAUCGGUGAGCUGCGGCUUGCAGCAGGCGACUGCACCCUCCUGCUUGGCUUUAGCUUCGUGCAGGGCUCCAGGCGCUGGAUCUUUGCAGCCCUCGCUCUGGCGCAGGUCUAUUUGAGCAAGAAGAUUGCGAUACCACACCAACUGGCGUUGCAGGUGGUGUCUUGGAACUCAGCGCAGGGAUGGAUUGCUUGCGGAGGCGAGAGCGGCCUGCUUAAGGUCUUGAAGCUCGAAUCUGCCUCCGAUGGGGCCGCGAAAGCUGCGGCCGGGCAGAGCAACCUGUCCAUGAAUCAGACGCUGGAGGGCCACCAAGGUACCAUAAUGGUCAUCACCUGGAAUGAAAAUUUCCGGAAGCUGACAACCAGUGACCAGAACGGUCUCAUCAUUGUGUGGAUGCUCCAUAGAGGAAUUUGGUUCGAGGAAAUGAUCAACAAUCGAAACCGAAGUGUAGUUCGAGACAUGAAGUGGAGUGCCGACUGCCAGAAGAUCUGCAUCAUCUACGAGGAUGGCGCAGUUAUAGUCGGCACGGUGGAUGGGCAAAGGCUGUGGGGUAAGGAAGUCAAGACACAGCUGGCCUUUGUAGAGUGGUCGCCGGAUGGCAAGAACAUCCUCUUCUGCACUCUGAACGGCGAGGUGCAUGUCUACGACAAUGAAGGAAUCUACUCCCACAAGGUGCCAAUCUACUGCCUAGACAGUGGCACCGAGGGCACCGUAGCGAUUGCCGGCAUUGACUGGUUUGCGGGGCCCAAUGGCCCAGAGAAUCAGACGCCAACUCUUUGUUUGGGCUUCGAGAACGGCCGCGUCCAGAUCAUGAGAAGUGAUGCCGAUGACAAGCCCGUGCUUUUGGAUACGCAGUUGCGAUGCACUGGUCUCAAGUGGGAUCCGAACGGCUCGGUAGUUGCCAUCGCAGGCGUGCAGAGCCAAGGAGCAGCCGCUGCCGACCGCGAGGUGGGCAUCGUUCAGUUUUAUGCUCCGAGCGGGCAGCAUCUCAGAUCCCUGAGAGUUCCUGGGCAGAACCUGCGCUCGAUCUCUUGGGAGGGUUCCGGCCUUCGAUUAGCGUUGGCGGUUGAUUCCCACAUCUUCUUCGCCAACAUCAGGCCGGACUAUCUUUGGGGAUAUUUCUCGCGAACGCUGGUCUACGCGGUGUUGCGAAAAGAGCGCAACGAGCACGUGGUCGUGUUCUGGGACACCCAUAGCGAUGAGAAAUACACCAAGUACAUCAAGCAUGUCACGCACAUCAGAUCUUCGGAGGAGUACUGUGUCCUGGUCACCAAGGCAGAUGAUGCCAGCGGCCAGCACAUUGUCAUUGUCUGCAAUGACAUCGGCAGUCCAGUAGACUCCAAGUAUAUGCAGCUUGACCCUGUCCAUGUUGCCAUGACGAACUCCCACGUCAUCGUAACCUCGGAGGACGUUGUGUAUAUCUGGAGCUACCGAACUAGUGUUUCGCGGCAGGCACAGGGCGACCUGGCUUCGGCUGCUGGAAUGGGCAUCAAGCAGAAGAGGGCGGAGAUGAUGUUUCACAUCGACGAGUCCUUCGCACCGGGUAGUGGGACGCAUGACAAGGAAAGUUUCGUGCCGCCUUCGAUGACUACGCAGGACCCAAUUGCCUGCAUCUGUGCCACAGAGCAAUGCUUGCUGGUGGCACGCGAAAGCGGUGUCGUGCAUCGCUAUGCCCUGCCCCACCUGUCGUUGGAAGCACGCUUCACGAUCCGAUGUCGGCCCCAGGUGAUAGCUGCCAACUGCGACAGCACAAGGAUGUCAGUCAUCGACAUCAAUGGUGUGCUCUUGCUGUUCGACGUCGAGAUUGUCAAUCAUGGCUUCUUCAGCCAACAAGCAGAGACCAAUUCGCAGGACAAUGGGCCUGGCAAGCAGCUGGACUUCGAGCGCAAGGAUGUUUGGAACAUGCGAUGGGCAGCCGACAAUCCAGACCUCUUCGCCAUUAUGGAGAAAACACGGAUGUACAUAGUCCGGGGCCUUCAGCCCGAGGAGCCCGUGCUCUCCAACGCAUACAUAUGUGCAUUCAAAGACCUCCAGAUCCAAAGUGUGCUCAUCGACGAGGUCAUACAGAACCCGGAGAAUCCCCGGAAGGAGGUGCUUCUGGAUUUCGAGACGAAGAGUCUCAGAGACACGCGCGACAUCCUCACGAAGGUGUCCAACCUAAAAGAUGCCUUCAACUAUGUCGAUGCGAAUCCACACCCGCGACUCUGGAGGCUGCUAGCAGAGGCGGCUCUGGAGCAGCUCGAGUUCGGGGUGGCCGAAAAGGCCUUCGUGCGCUUCGAGGAUUACCAGGGCAUCCAGCUCGUCAAGCGCCUCCGCCUUCUGGACGACCGGGUCAAGCAGAAGGCCGAGGUCGCGGCAUACUUUCAACGGUUCGAUGAGGCCGAGAGCUUGUACAGGGAAAUCGACCGCAAGGACCUCGCGAUCGACCUUCGUGUGCGCUUGGGUGACUGGUUCCGAGUCAUUCAGUUGGCGCACGGUGCCAACGAGGAGCUGCUUCACCAAGCAUGGAGCGCUAUCGGCGACUACUACGCGGACCGUUGCAAGUGGCCCAACGCGGCCAAUUACUACGCCAAGGCGGGGAACAACGCUGCUCUGGUGGACACCUACUAUUUCUUGGAGGAUUAUGACUCCUUGGAGAGACUCAUUCCGCAGCUGCCGGAAGGCAGCCCGCUGCUGACGGAGGUGGGCAACAAGUUCAGCUCCGUGGGCCUUUGCGAGCAGGCCGUCCAGGCCUAUCUGCGGCACGGUGACGUCAAGACGGCGGUUGACACGUGUGUCCUGCUGAACCAGUGGGAGCUGGCGGUGAACCUCGCGCAGCAGCACAAUUUCCAGCAGAUCGAAGGUCUCCUGGCAAAGUACGCGCAGCAUCUUCUUGACAAAAACAAGAAGAUCGAGGCAGUGCAGCUUUACCGGAAGGCAAGCCGCCACACGGAGGCCGCGAAGCUGCUGAACCAAAUGGCCAGGGAGAUGCCAGGUGGUGUUCAACGACAUCCUGACCGUAUAAAGAAGUUGUAUUUGCUGGCAGCCUUGGAGGUGGAGAAGUUCAAAAACAAGACUUUGGAUGCCCAGAUGACAGGUGCCACUCAGGGCACGAUGACGACCGCACAGACACUGCAGUCGUUGGUCACCCAGGACCAGAGCGUCUCCAGUGAUCGUGCCUUGGAGAGCCCUUGGCGCGGUUGCGAGGCCUUCCACAUCUACCUGCUCUCGCAACGACAACUGUACGAGGGCCAGUUUGAGCAGGCCAUGAAGACUUCGCUGCGUCUCGCCGAAUAUGAGGACAUCCUCGACACGCAGACCAUCUACUCUCUGAUAGCGCUCACCACGUACUACAACAAGUACUACAUGCAAUGCUCAAAGGCAUUCAUCAAGCUGGAGGCCUCCGGGGACAUCAGCGACGAGAUGCGCGCCAAGUUCUCGGACCUCGCCCUCAGCAUUUUUACCAGGAGCACGCCCAAGGAUCCUGCGAAUGGGACGCUGUUGCCCUGCCCAAAAUGCCACACUCGGAUCCCGGACUCGUCAGUUAGCUGCCCCAGCUGCAAUCAUCGGCUCGCCUUCUGCGUGGCCUCUGGGCGGUCCAUCUUUCCAGGGUCCCUUUACCCUGAGGACCGGGGCGGCAACUCGGGGCAGUAUCCACCCGGUGCAGGUCCCUCGAAUGAGACCAUCAAAUGCCGCGUCUGCCGACAUCGCAUGUACACCUCGGAGGUCCGCAAACUGCGGAACUGUCCUUUGUGCCACUCGCGCUUGGACAUCCCAGCGCCGCCGCCAAUUCACAGCCUCGGUUAG